CUCUCACCAUUUCUUCUGUCGCAGCUGAUUGACUUCUGAUCUGCAGCAAAAAUGAAAUUCGACAAUGUACUUUCUGAAAUUAAUGGAUUUGGAAAAUUUCAAGUGAAGCUCUUUUUGAUCCAGAUGCUCUCCCGAAUCACUCUACCAUGUCAUUUCUUGCUGAACAACUUCAUGGCAGCAGUGCCCCCUCACCACUGCAACAUCAGCUCCCUGGAAGAUGGAGGCGUCUUUGGAAAUCUGACUCUACACCAGAAGCUGUUGGUUUCCAUUCCUACAAAGCGAGAUGGGACUCCCAGUUCAUGUCAGAUGUUUGCACAGCCCCAGUAUGAGUAUUUAUCAGGCUGGAACAACAGCAAGGAGGCAUCCUUCGUAAGAUGCCAGAAUGGAUGGGUGUAUGACAACAGCACCUUUAAAUCUACUCUAGUAACAGAGUGGGAUCUUGUCUGCAGCAGAAAAGGGAUGAAUACGGCCACAGCUACAAUUUUCUUUAUCGGUGUCAUGAUUGGAGCCCCAAUAUUUGGGUUUCUCAGUGACAGGUUUGGACGACGAAGACUGCUCCUGGUGUCUUACAUAUCCUCGUUGACAUUUGCGAUUCUGAGCGCUUUCUCCUCGUCAUACAUAAUGUUCGUCAUUAUGAGAUUCUUUACAGGCAUGUGCCUAUCAGGGAUAAGCAUCAUCUCCAUAGCUUUAAAUGUUGAAUGGUGCAGCAUUGAGCGCAGGACUUUCUCCUGUGUAAUCAUAAGCCUUGACUGGUCACUCGGGAACUGGCUUUUAGCAGGGAUUGCUUUCUUUGUGAGGGACUGGAGGAUGCUCAUAGUGGUUGUUACUUCACCACUUAUUCUGGCCAUCUUUUGUUGGAGGUGGCUUCCAGAGUCUGCUAGGUGGCUUGUGACAAAGGGGAAAGCUGAAGAUGCACAUCAUUACAUUAUGGAGUGUGCUGAAAUGAACGGCAGAUCCAAGUGUAUCACUGCCAUCACACCCAACGCAUUACUGGAAUCUGUGGAAGCUAAAACAGGAGAUAAUAAAUACACUAUUGUAGAUCUUUUCAGGACCCGAAACAUAAGAAAACUUGCAAUAUGCUCUGGGAUUGUAUGGUACGGAGUAGCGUUUACAUAUUAUGGGAUAAGUCUAAACAUUACAGGCUUUGGCCUAAAUCCUUUCCUCACACAAUUCAUCUUUGCUUCAAUCGAAGUGCCGAUGAAGAUAGGCGUCUAUUUCUUCCUAGAGAAAUUUGGUAGAAGGUACUGUGAGAUGGGAGCUCUAGUGUCUACUGGUGUCUGUCUAUUCAUCAAUAUUUUUAUUUCAACGGAUAAAUGGGUUGCUCGUACCAUUGUGGGGGUCCUUGGAAAGUCUUUGUCAGAGGCGUCGUUCACAAUAAUAUUCCUUUACACAACGGAACUCUAUCCAACUGUAGUGCGGCAGAACGGUCUUGGCUUCACCUCAUUUAUGGCACGGCUCGGGGUCUCCAUUUCCCCACUCAUUAUGCUGUUGGAAGACGUGUGGCAGAUCCUCCCUGCUGCUACAUACUGCGCUGUGGCGGUUGGCUGUGGUUUAGUCACUUUACUCCUGCCUGAAACAUUAAACACCCAGCUGCCAGAGUUCAUCGAAGACAUUGAGAAACCGAGGAGCAAGCCAACAAAGAAUAUGGGAAUUCAGUAAAAAUAACCACUGACCAAAAAGAUAUAUUUUUUCAAUAACAAAAAUGAUUUAAAAAAAGGAUAUGAAAAUAAAACUUUGCUCUGGACUAUUAACCAAGGUCUUGCACACCAUCUCAUAUGAGACCCUAUGGAGGAGAUUAAUUUCUGCUGAUAUCACUGGUACACCUUUUAACUGGUUUCAGUAUUUUUUACCCAGCACACCCGUAGCACCAUUAGAUCAAAAUCAUUGGAUGUUUCCAGGUCCUCUUGAGUCUUUUCUCAGUCCCUUGCUGAUCGUCUGUAAUCGCUCUCUUGAUAAUAUCUUUAUUUUAUAAAAUAUAUAUCAUAUCACCUUUGCUAAAAGCUCACCUUUCCCCUUCAAUCUUCCUCCUCCUCCUUCCAUGGGGAAAUAUCAGGCUUCUUUAAAAAAAAUAGCACCAAGAAUGAAGUUCUCCUGUAAAGGUUUCAUGCCAUUUGUUUUGAAACUGAAUAUUCUACAAUUUGCCAUUUCCUUUGGCACAAAAGUCCAAUUAACAAGUUGGAUAGCUUUUAAUUUUUAACAUCUCACAUUGAUUACACUGCACAGUCUCUUUCUUUGUACAAAUUGUUGUAAUAUGAAUUGUCCUCACUGAUACAUUUUGCUCUGUAUCUGUAAUAUCACCUGUUGAAGUAUAUUAAAAAAAACAGGGGACCUUGUUAAAACUUGCAACAAAAAGUAGCUUUACUGUGUUUCUCUGUACCAGCUCUGUAAAGUUUAAUAUGGUGUCUCAAAAAGAAUUUAUGUUAUUUUAUUAAUGCAAAUAAAUGAUUUU